GACUCCAAGUGUGAUAACAAGUGUAUUGAAUAAUGGUUUCCAUUUCAGAUAUGGUUGCCAGCCAGCCAUGAAGAAUGACCAACACACAUACACCAUCAUCUCCAUCCUUUUUUAUAUUAAAAAAUUAUUAUUCGAAAGAUUUAUUUAUGGAUUCAUUUAUUCCUGUUUUUACUCUCUACCUGUGACCUUCCUUCCUUAUAAUCUUUGGCGUCGUUUUUUGUCAUGAUUUCUUGUUGAAGGCUUUCUCUCUCCUCCAGGUUUGAUUUCAAGUGAUUGGGGGUGAUUCGAACGAUGGCAACCCUGAAGAAGAACAAUUAAGAUUAGUUUUGUUUAUUUCAUUGAAUAAUUGGAAGGAAGUCGAGAUCAAAGUGGAUAUUAUGGGUUAUCUGAAUUCAGUAUUGACUUCGUCUUCUAACAAAAUGGAUGCGGAUGAUGCACCCGUCAGCGGUGGAGGUCUCAGUCAGGAUGGGAAAUUUAGCUAUGGAUACGCAAGCUGCUCAGGAAAAAGGUCAUCAAUGGAGGAUUUCUAUGACACAAGGAUUGAUGGUAUAGAUGGAGAGGUUAUUGGUCUAUUUGGAGUUUUUGAUGGUCAUGGAGGGGCUCGAGCUGCAGAAUACGUUAAGCAAAACCUUUUCAGCAAUUUGAUUAAACAUCCAAAUUUUAUUUCAGAUACCAAAUCAGCAAUAGCUGAUGCAUACAGCCAUACAGAUUCUGAAUUUCUAAAAUCAGAAAACAGUCAGAAUAAAGAUGCUGGUUCAACCGCUUCUACUGCUAUUCUCGUUGGCGACCGUUUAUUGGUUGCUAAUGUUGGGGAUUCAAGAGCUGUUAUCUGCCGUGGUGGGCAUGCCAUCGCUGUUUCCCGGGAUCACAAGCCAGAUCAGAAGGAUGAGCGGCAACGCAUUGAAGAGGCCGGAGGUUUUGUGAUGUGGGCAGGUACCUGGCGAGUUGGAGGUGUACUUGCCGUUUCCCGAGCAUUUGGCGACAGGCUUUUGAAGCAAUAUGUUGUUGCAGAUCCAGAAAUCAAGGAAGAAAGGGUUGACAGUUCACUUGAAUUCCUUAUCCUUGCAAGUGAUGGGCUAUGGGAUGUAGUGACAAAUGAGGAAGCGGUGUCGAUGGUGAAGCCAAUAAAAGAGCCGGAGGAAGGAGCAAAAAGGCUGAUGCAGGAGGCUUAUGAGAGGGGGAGUUCAGAUAACAUCACCAUUGUCAUCGUCCGUUUCCUGGCUAAUGACGAUGAUCAUCAUCCAGUUGCUGUCGUGGAUUCAUCUUCUUCUUCUCACAACAGUAGUAGUGGUGCGUCUCUGGUUAACUAGUUAUAGUAAUACUAAGCAAGUGAUAUGACGUCUUUCUUUCUUUCUUUCUUUCACACAAGCUUUUAAUGUAAUUUGUAAGUAAUACACUUAUAGGAUGAUGGGGGAUAACAUAAACUGAAGAAAGGACUCCACAGUAGAAUGUGUGCGACUACCAGCUUAUAUUACACUGAAACGAGUGAACCUCUACUAUUAUUGUUGUUGUUUUAAUUGUGAUUCUGUGUUUCAUUACUAUUGCUGUUUUUGUUUUUAUUGUUGUUACAUUAUUUUAUUAUUGUUCUCGGGUAUAUCCUAUAAUUUACUCGUUUACAUUAUUUUUUAAUUAUAUCAUUUCGGCAGAAUGCAAAACCUUGCAUUUCGGGUACUUAUGCUACACAUGUUGUUUGUUGACUUUUGAUGAAGAAUCAAUUACACCUCGAGAUAGCUGUUAGAAAUCA